AUGGAUAAAGUGCAAGCCUUUGGGAAGAACUUCACUGCUACUUUUACCCCCUUUGCCGCGCGAACACAGCAGUAUGUGAAGGAGCAGCUUGGUCAAGCUGAAGAGAGGACUCAACUUCCAAACGACUACCUCGAGCUUGAGAAGCGAGUCGAUGCUCUAAAGGUUGUCCAUCAGAAGCUCCUCCAGGUCACCUCUCAAUACUCAAACGAGGCCUAUGACUACCCACCAAACAUCCGCGAAUCGUUCAACGACCUAGGCCGCACCAUCAGCGAGAAGGUCCAGCUUCUCUCCCAGGCUUCCUCUCCAGGAGAAGCUCAGUCGGCCCUGACCGCACCACCUUCUGCGAAGCCUCAGCCAAAGACGUUCAGCCAUGCCAUUGCCCGCGCUGCUCUUGCCAGCUCGCACGUCAUCGCCCAGGCCAGCACCCCCGGCACCGAGGAUCAAUUGGCAGUUGGUCUAGAAAAGUUUGCCCUCGCAUCCGAGAAGAUUGGAGAGGCUAGGUUGGCCCAGGACGCUCAGAUUCAGUCCCGUUUCCUCGCCGGCUGGAACACCACCCUCAACACAAACCUCAUGUUCGCUACCAAGGCCAGAAGGAAUGUAGAGAACUCAAGACUGAUGCUUGACUCGACUAAGGCGGCCAAGGGUGCCACCAAGGACAUGGACCAUUUGAGCGAAGAUGCUCGUGCGGAGAUUGAGCAGGCAGAGGACGAAUUCGUUGGACAGACUGAAGAAGCAGUUGGUGUUAUGAAGAAUGUCCUUGAUACCCCCGAGCCACUGCGUAACCUGGCAGACUUGAUCGCUGCACAGCUUGAAUACCACAAGAAGGCCUAUGAGAUCCUCAGCGAACUCGGCCCUAUCGUUGACGGCCUGCAGGUCGAGCAAGAGGCAAACUACCGCAAGAGCCGGGAGGGCGCGUAA